GACCUCCAAACUCCGAGGUUCCCGUGGUACCAAACAUCCCCCUCCUCGUACGAGCGAGACCCGUCAGACCCGCGAGACGACCGCAACCGUUCCGAACCCCGAAGACUCGUGACUCCGCGAACGGAGACCGUCUCGCGACAGCCAGGAUCCACCGAGCGGCGCCGUCGACGACGAGCGUCCCAACGCCGACCACCCUCCGACGAGCUCGCAGGGGCCACGGCAGAGACCAUCGAAUCCACCGGCAGCCACCGGGUCCCGCGUGUUUGCUCGACCUCCGAUAACACGGCUCUCGGAGAGAUGACAACGGCUGUGGUGUACAUCCAACGGUGCAUGGUGAUCCUUGCUAUUUUCCUGUGCUACUUCCACGUCCGGGGCGAUGUGGACUGCGAAUUGUAUCCGUUCCAUCAAUCAUGCAGAGGCUCGAUGUCGAGGAAACGUGCGAUGUUCCCAACCUUGUACGCACUGGGUUGCGACGGAAGUAAAGGAAACGUAAAUUGCAUCAGGGAGUUCGAAGAAAGACGUCGCCUCCCUUUCAUCCCGUUUUCGAAGUCGAAACUCUUAAUGUCUCUACUCGAUAACGAUCUGCAAAAGGACGCAAUGUACACCGCACACCACAAACAAAGGAACAAUGAGAUGGACGAACGAAGGCUACCCUUUAUGGAGAACUUUUUGUCAGAACUGGAACCUUCGGACACCAACUAUUAAACGAACUGAUCUGGAAAUAAAUAUUUGCUCGGCUCGUGCAAACAUUUUUCAUUAAUUGAACUGUCAGAAAUGUGUAUUUUGUCCUCUUUCUAUACUGAUUACAUCGAAUAAAACUUCCUUCUUCUCCCUUUUCCAUGCCCGCCCACCCCCCUCCACGCUCCGAACUCAUGGAUCGCAACAUUUUUCUGUAACCGGCUCAUGUAUUUAACCAUUUCCUUUCAUUCGCCUUCGUUCUAUCGAAACGGAGAACUAAUUGAAACAUUGUAUCCAUGUUAUUAACAAUACAUUAUGUACUGAAGCAACAGAAAAUACGUUUGCAGUUCGCAACAAUUCUUUGGAUUUAUCCUAUUAAAAAAGAAAACACGAAAUUAACAUUGUGAACAAUGUCAAUUUAGCGAAUGUAAUUAUUAAUAAUAAUCGUUGCGCGUAAGUGUGAUCGCCAUCUGAAGAUCUUGUACAUAAGCAAAUUCGAAACAAUUACACGAAAAUUAGAUAUAACCUUGUUACGUUCGAAAGCGACAGUGCAGUAUUAAGAAGAAUAUUUAUUUCCCUGAUAAUUUCACAUGGUCUUAAUGCGUUCAACGUAAUUAUAAUUGCGCAUAUUGUACGAUCACAAGAGACAUCUGAUAUGUAAAUCUCUAUAUAUUGAAAUUUUACAAGUACUACAAUAAACUCUUGGACUUAUGUAGUUUAAAAAAAAAGUGAUGCU